AUGGAGCGUUCGACACAUGGCAUCCGCCGCACCCGGUAUACCGUGGUAUACGUGGUAUUAUAUGACCCACGCCACCUUAGUGGCUCUGUCCGUGGACAAAUGGCUGGGCCCGAUCACGCUGACCGAAGUCGUUGGCACUUGGGCCUCCGGGCCGGGUCAAUCGGGAUCGUACUUGCAGUCGAUGUGCACCAGCGCGGCAGUGGACAGCAAAGUGAGCAACGUGAGCGAAAUGAGUAUGGUGGCCAGCACGGCGAUCUGCCCGUUCCGGAACAGCGACCGUGCGGAGACGUACAGCAGACAGGCGUGCAACAGACACGCGGCGAGCCACAGCACAGUGAGCGCCACCGCGGACCGGACGGUGGGCCCCAGAAACCGGAACGGUUGCAGUCGCGGGUCGCACAGCUGUUGCGGUCGGUAACCGCUGAAACCGUGGCUCAUGUAAAUGCUGCCAGCUGUAUAACAUAA